AAUGCUGCUAUAAAUACUAAUGAAGUUGUGGAGCGUACUUCAAAGUGUGUUCAAGUGCUGAAAGCGUUGAAAAUUUCAAAUUACAGUUUUACAAUAUUAUUUGCUACAAAAUGCAAUUGAUCCGUUGUACAGUGUUGAUGGCUGUGUGCCUCUUGGGAGUCUACGCUGUACCGAGCUCCAUUGAAGCACAAGCAGCUGAAUUCAAUCAUAACGGCGUCUUUGGUUUACUCGUCGCCCAGAUGCGUUCGGCCUUGAUCGAUACGCGCGCUUUGACGCCAGCUGAGUCCGUAUGUGCCACGAAGUACAACAACCGUACACAACAAGUCAACAAUUUGCUGACGACUCAGACGAAUGCCUGUUUCGAGAAUGCCAAUCGCACGCUGGUGGCCAACAACAAGAACGCAAAUGCAACCAUCGCCAAUAUACGGAAAAAUUUGAAAAAAGUGCAACAACAAUUGGCCAAUUGCUCAGCAAUAGCGGACACAGGCAAAUUCCUUAACUGCAACACAGCAUCGUUCGAUCAAAACAUUCAAUUGCUGGACGCGGCCAACUCGCAGGCCUAUCAAGUGGAGGCACAGCUCGCCGCCAAUCAGUCGCAAGUGGCAGUCGUGCGUCGCGCGUGCGUCAGCGCAGCCAUCGGCGGUGGCAAGACUAAUCUCACGCAGACCGCCAAUGACUAUCAGCUCUGCUUGAGCAAUAUCUCCAAUCAGCACGUGGCCAACAAAACACUGCUCAACUGAGUUGUGCGUUGGAAUAAUGAUGAUGUUUAAAUAAAAAUUUUGAGCAAAAAU